AUGCCAACCUCCAUUCCUUACGAUCCCAAGACGGUCGCCUUGUUGGUCAUUGAUAUGCAAGAAUCUCUUCGUAGAGAGAUCACUGGUAUUAUUCCAAACGUGCAAUAUAUGGUUAAAACUUGCCACGAGAAAGACAUUCCCGUUUUUUGGACUCAACAUGGUCACAGAAAUCUCGAAUUCGAUGGGGGAGCUGUAGGACGAUGGUGGGGAGAUGGGAGCAUCAAAUGGGGAUCAGAAGAGUGGAAAAUUGUGCAAGAACUGCAAUCGUUCAUAUCGCGAUCCUCAACCUCACUUGAUACCCUUGACUUCGUCAUCAAAAAUAAAACGCGCUAUGAUGCUUUUUACAAGACUGAGCUUGACUCCUUACUUAUCUCUCUUGGUAUCAAAACGCUCAUCAUCGCUGGUGCUGAAACAAAUUUGUGUUGUGAGGCAACUGCUAGAAGAGGCUUUGACCAGGAUUAUAAUAUUAUUUUUCUUAAAGAUGCGACUGCCACGGAGAAUGAAAAGAUGCACGAGGCAACUCUAUUGAACUUGGAAUACGGCUUGGCCAAGAUCGCCACUGUUGUUGAAGUUACUGAGUGGCUUGAAAAACGCAUUCAUUAG